UAUGGCUGCGCCCAUGGCGCAAUGAGCCCGCUCCGGUCGCCGCCGGGGGGGACGCGGGUAGGCAGCGGGGCUGCUGUGCGGUCCCUCCGCCCGGGGCUGAGUUGCCUGCUGGCGGGGUUGUCCCUCCGGCGGUAGGGAGCCAGGAGAGGGACUCAUCCGCUGCCGCUCGUUCUGUGGUGCCCCGCCAGGGCGAGUAGCGAAGAAGCCGGCACCGGGGGAGGGGAAGGGGGGAUGUGGGGCGCCCUGCUGCGGAGCGGGGGCCGCGGCGGCGGCGGGGGGCUGCGGAGGUUGGUGUCGGGCGGCCCGCCCUGGAGCCAGGUGGUGUCGGAGGCCGAGAAGAUCGUGGGGUACCCGACGUCCUUCAUGAGCCUGCGGUGCCUGCUGAGCGACGAGCUCAGCAACAUCGCCAUGCAGGUCCGCAAGCUGGUGGGCACCAAGCACCCGCUCCUCGAUACCGCCCGGCGUUUUGUGUAUGAUAGCCGAAAUAAUUUACAGAUGAGAGGUUUGGUCAUACUACUGAUUUCCAAAGCUGCUGGACCUGGCACAGAAGAGCUGUCUUUCCAGCACAACAUGGUCAGUGGAAUUUAUUCCAGUCAAAGAAGCCUGGCUGAGAUUACAGAACUAAUCCACACGGCCUUUUUGGUGCAUCGUGGCAUUGUGAAUAUUGGUGAGCUCAAGUCCUGUGAUGGCCCGCUGAAGGAUAUGCAGUUUGGAAAUAAAAUGGCUGUUCUGAGUGGAGAUUUUCUUCUAGCAAAUGCUUGCACAAGCCUUGCGCAGUUGCAGAAUACCAAGGUUGUGGAACUCAUUUCAAGUGCUAUUGGUGACUUAGUUCAAGGUAUAUACUAUGAAAACUCAAAAUCAUCUGAGGAGAACAGUCUUACAGAUGACAUUGGCAUAUCUACGUGGAAGGAGCAGGUUUUCCUGUCACACAGUGCCCUGCUGGCAAAGAGCUGCCAGGCUGCAAUGGAGCUAGCAAAGCACAGCGCUGAGAUUCAGGACGUGGCAUUUCAGUAUGGGAAACACAUGUCUCUGAGUCACAAGCUGCAUUCAGAUCUUCAGCCAUUUGUUCAAGAAAGUUCUAGUGACACCAUGGCCUUCAGUUUGAAUUCUGCUCCUGCGGUUCUCCAUCAGGAAUUCCUUGGAAGGGAGGCAUGGAUUAAACAGAUUAGAGAGGCACAAGGAAAAGGAAAUAUAAUGGACUACAAGAAGCUGCAGGAAGCCAUCAAGGCCGGCAAAGGUGUGACUUCUGCCAUCGACCUCUGCCGCUGCCACGGAAACAGAGCGCUGGCGGCCCUGGAGCACUUCCCUCCCUCCGACGCCAGGGACGCCUUGGCCAACAUCGUCUACGCCGUGACCAGGUUUCCCUGACCCACCUCCCAGGGACAGCCCGCUCUCCCUUCCUGGCAGGAGCAGCCCGGUGGGAUGGGGACACCGCCGCCGCCCCGCGCCGAUGGGCACCUCAUCCUCCCAGACCAGCAGGAGAAGGUGCGCCGGCUGCCGCCGCCACCGCCACCACCAAAAUUCAGGAGGGGGAAGAGAAAAAGGUCACAGAUGGCUUUCGCUUGCUGUGCCAGAAGCGCACUUGAGGCUGCACCGGUAGAAAUAAUUAAUGAGUCCUGUUUCCGUGACCUCAGCAAAUGGACAGGAAAUAAGUCAGUAUUGAUUGGGCACAGGCGGGGACGGCGCCAGGGCGGAGGCCGGUGGUUUUCCUGCCUGAGGGAGGCAUGGAGGGGCGUGAAGAUCCAGGUGUCACAAGAAACCCGCUCAAACCUGCCCAGAGAGAGAGCGAGAGAGCCACUGAAGAUGGGAAUUAACGUGCUUGAUUCUCAAGGGGAAGGGCAGCUUGCGGGAUUAAUGAGGAAAAAUCCUCGCUCUGCCCGCAUGCAGUCAUGUCUCCUCUCACUGUUUUUAUGUAUUCAAAUGUAAAAUUACACUGUGCCUAAUGCUUUCCGUAUCUGAGAAAAUGUGUCAAGCAUGGUAAGUAGGAGCUUUAAAAUACUUAAUCAAAUAUUAAUUUGGCUCUGUUAAGGCAAGUGACUGCCUGGGUUUUAUACAGCCUGUAUAAAGUAUGUUGCUAUGGGUCAAAGAAUGAGGUUUCUCCUACUCUCACGGGGGAGGGCAUAUCCCUCCCUCAGAUCAAGCAGUUUGUUUCAACACAGUCUUACACAAAAUAAUUUCCUGGGUUUGUGACACUUCCAUUCAU